AUGUCUCAAGAUAUUGGUUUACUUGUAGUCAUGAUAAAUGUUCAUGUUAACAGAAAUUAUUUAAACAUCUAAUGGAAUUUAAGAAGAUUCCCUCAGCAGAAGUAGAUCACAAUAUAACUUAAAGUGGUAAGAAACUUACUCAUGUAAGUUUUGCUAUUUACAAUCAUCAUUUAUAGUUGAAGGGGGAUUUCUGUUGAUUAUUUAAAAAGAAGAGUGGGUGCUGUGGUAUGGUGUGGAAUAGUCUCACAGAUGAUUCAGAAUAUGUUUCUAUUCUGCAUCAGGCCAGACAUUGAGCAUUACUGCAAUCCAGUGUCAUGCUAUCAUGAGACCUCUGUCACAUGCAAAGGGAAUUAGUAUAAUCACAUGGUUUAGAUCAACAACUGCAACUGAUGGGGGCCACAAAAAAUCUGAACUCAUCAUGAGGGGCCGCAGUUGCUCGUGAUUCCCCUCCCCCAUCACCACAUUAGCAGCCUCCCUCUUGACAGCAGAUAUUAUGUCAUUCUGCUUUAGUUUAUUUAGUACGAUUCUACACAUUUUGCCAUGGGGUAUAGAGAAAAUGUUGCUGUUUUAAAGCAAGUUUGCUGCAAUUCUACACAUUCUGUCAUAUUUCAGAGACAAGAUCUUGUAAUUGUAUAACAUAUUUUAAUAUAAUUCUACAAAUUUUGCAAUGGGGCAAAGAGGAAAACUAGCUUUUUUACAGCUAAUUUCCUGUAAUUCUACACAUUUUUCCAUAGGGUGGACAGAGAGAAAUGUUUUUAAAAUUAUAACUGAGUGAGACUGACUAACAAAAUCAAUGGGGGCCUCCCGGACGGUAAAUCGACCAUGAUUACUAAAUUCAGAUAAUGUAGCUGGCCAUUAGACUAAUUUACCAAUCUAAAAAAAUGUUAGCUGAAAUGGGCUAUGUGAGGGACUAUCAGUGACUGACAUAGCAAGAGAAAAACUGCUUAAUGCUCAACCAAAUUUAGAAAUUGCACCUUAAGUGUAUUCUACCAUUCUAGCUUGCAACAGCAACUUGAGACACCUACUGAGUUAAAAAUAAAUCAAUUUGAUCCGAGGGCCCAUCCCUGGUUUAGAUGCACUAUGCUGUUCCUACAGGAGAGGGCCACAAUGUCACACUUUUACAUUUCUUGUUGAUAGCAAUAUCAUCUGCCGUGGGUAUAAUUUUUCAGAAAUGCAAAGGCCUUAAUGAAUUUAUAUACAGAUAAGAACCAGUAACUGCAACAUUCAAAUACAUCAUUUUAUUUAAAGUAUUUCAUAAAUAUACAAACACUGAAAAGCAUAUGAAGUCCAUGUUUUGCCAAUGUCCAUUCAAAUUUCCAAAGCCUAAAAAUGUAUUUUUUCAAAUCUGCAAAAAAUAUACAGACACUUUAAAAGCAAAUAACGGAAAUAAGUUGUUUGGGACUGAUGCUGUAGUGAUAUUAACUGGUUAUACUUUUGCCAGUAAUAAGGUCAUCAACUGAGCAGAUGCUGAACUAAAUGUAAAUUAAGCAACCAGCUUAUAAGAGCAUAUCAGUGUUGUCUGGCAAUAAACAACAUAUCAUAUUGCAACCAUCUCUUGGAGUUGUCAGAGAACCAUCAAUUUAAACAUUGUACUUGACAUACUUACAAUUAUGAAUGUUAUAAUGAUAAUAUUACAAUGGUUACAGUGGUUAUAAUAAUACCGGAAAUGUCCGUUUCCAGACUAUGAAUAAUAAGUCAUUUUUAUUGACAUUGACAUGGCUAGAGAAAGACCUUUAACCCAGGUGGCUCCAAGUUUCCAGUAAAGAUCAUCACCCUUUGGUGUACUCUAGUAAUUUUAGUGACGUUUUGCUGGCCUCUCAAUGGGUUAUUAUUCAAAUCAAAAUCAAAUGUAUGUAUAUAGCCCUCCUUGGCUAGGAAAAACAUCCGCAAGUGGUUCCUGAGGAAUCUCCAACCCUUCCUCCUGCAAGCCUCCAGAGAGUUCCUGUCCUGUCUUAGCACCAAGAACUUCACUUGUGGGACCUACCAGAUUUUGUAUGUGAAAACAUACAUUUUAUUUCCAUGUGGUUGACUAUUUGCCCUCACUUGAUCUAGUACUUCAAUGUGGUGUCUUUGCCUUCACAGAGUGGAAGCUGUAGGUCAUCAACCAGCUAACCCUAACCCUGCUAACUCAGCUAUGGGCAGACAAAGACAGCUUUUGAUCUACACUGAUUUCAUUGAGCUCAAUGACACUGAAGACCCCAACUGUGUCAACCACUCCAACAACAGCGCUGACUGGCUUAAAAAGUACUUUGGGCUGUUUGUUGGUUUUGCGCCCCUAGAAGAACUCAAACGACUGCAUGGAAACUUCUCAGUGAUGGAUGUCCUGCCUAUGCUGAGCCCCAGGCAGCUGAGGGAGGUGGCCUCCACCCCUGGUGAGCUCAGAAACCUUGGAGAUGUCCACAUGAUACUGAUUCAUGUGCUUCCCAGAGAUCUGGGCGAGUUCUUUAACAUCGUUUCUCCAGCUGUUGAGGGUCUUCACCUUCCGGUGGAUGUGCGUCAGGUGCUGCUCCAGCAGGUGUUUGACAAUGCCAACCUAUCAGAUCCCUCCAUCAAAGACCCUGAGGUGCUGGUGUGGUUGGGCCAGAGACUCCGCCCACUUUUACCAAACCUAACAGAGGAGCAUGUGGCCCCCCUCUUCAACAUCGUCAGACACAGAGACUGCAACACCAGCCAAGAAACAGUGGUGUUGCUGAACUAUAUCCUACCAUCACUGUCCAACGGCACACAGGCUGCUGUCCAGCAUCAAAUAAUCAUCCCUCUCAGAGAAUCAACUCCACUACGUUGCUAUAGGAACAACAGCUUCUUUAUGUUCCUGAGACAAUCUUUCCUCAACUUUACAUUCCCAAAGUUGACCAACUUCCUCUCCCUUAUUCCACCACAGCGGGAAUCUGAGCUGCUCAACACCAUGCAUCCCUCAGAGCUCAGCACCAUCCUCAGGAAGCCAGAGGUGGUGGACAACAAGACUAAGCUCUGCACAAUCUUCCGAAACUACAAAAAACAAAAAAACUCCAGAGUUCUGGAAACCAAUCUUCCGGAUGAUGUGAAGCGUCCAGUCCUGCCCUGCGUCUGGCCUUUGGCUCUGGCCACUGAUGACAAGGCUGAGGUUGACCGCUGGUUUGACAACAGACUGAGGAACUACCUGAAGUUCCUCAACAGAAACCUGCUCCAGUCCUCUGACACACUCAAUGCCUCCUGCUUACCCUUCAGGAGACUUGUGUAUCUACUGGGAUCCAAGCUCACUUUCAAUGGCUCAGCCAUAACUCAAGAUGAUGCGUACAGCACCAUAAAGACCUACCUCAACACAGGAAGUUCAGCAGCACCCAAGUGUUAUAGUCCCUCUGACCCAAAUCUCAACUCCACCGCCUGGUUCCUUAACUACAUUGGUGUGUUCAUCACCUUUGUGACCAUUGAAGACUUCAACACAUUUGGCUCAGUCAACGGAAAAGCCCAUGCACCUGCCUGUUUGAUGAAGGGGCAUCAUAUAUUACCAAAAAUAUAUAACCAAAGGUUUAUCUUUUUGUUUGUUUUUUACAGCUAAAACUAUUUGCCGUGAACCCUGUCAACAUUGAGUUGUUCAAUUUCGCUGGAAUUCCUCAAAAUCUGACUAAAUACUUUACUGAGCUUAUCUUCCUGCAGAACUCCAACUUCCUCCCAUUGCAGUGAGUUUUGAACAGUAGCCACUAAAAUAAUUUGUUUUAUGUUACUAACUUACUUUAUUUCUUGCAUUUAUGUCAAGGGUAUGAUAACAGACAACAAUCUACAUUGAAUCUGAUUGACGGGCAUGGCAUUCUAAUCCAAGAUAGUGUUACUAAGCUCAAUGAGUCAGAGAGUGUGGUUGUCCUGGGCAACCUGAACCAAUCCUGUACUAACGUGGACUCAGAGGUGAGCACCAUCAAGAUCAGUAUGAGCCAUUAUUUCCAUGUGAUCAUAAUCCAUUGAUUGGUUAAGUGAUACUGUUACCUAAUCUUCGCUGAUGUCAUUUACUUCCACGUUUCUUCCGCACUGGCAUCGAAUAUCCAAAUUCGUCCGGGAUCAAAGUCCGGGAUCAAUCACGGCCCUGGGCCCGCAGGUCACAAGUCUGACCACUGGACAGAUCACUAAAGCCCCGCCCAGUGUGAUUUUACAAUCCCUGGGUACUCUGAGCAGUGUUUCUGGAUGGAACUUGGGACAGUCUUUUGUCCAUCAUACAGAUUCUCAUCACCCAAAACUUCCAGUUGAUUCACUUCUUAAUAGGUUUAUUGCUAGUGGCCUAUUGGUUGUGAGCAUCAUUCACAACCAUGAUUCAUACUUUAAACCAUUCCAUCCUCUCUACUUCCAAUGUAGAGGAUAUUUCAUAAUUUAAUGUUUUCUUUCUUCAGAUAAACAAUACCGACAGUCUAAUAAACCUGGGCUCUAUAGUGGGAGGUCUUCCAACCCAAACACUCACCGCAAUACCCGAGCAGCAGGUUCUGACAACAUCCGCCUACCCAAAAUGUGUUACCAACAUGCUGACUGCUCCAACAAUUGUGCAGCAGAUCUAUGUUAAUAAGAUCAUCACAGUCGACAUGAAACCAACGGAACUGAUAGUCAAUGUCCCAGAUGAAAUGGCAACUGACAUUCCCAGCAAUCUACUGAAUUUCCCAACAACUGGAAAUCAAACUCACUGCUCUGAACAUCAACAAGAAAAAAUGGAAACCUCAGCAGGCUGUGCUGUUCUUUGAUACAGUAGCAAAUGGAUUGGAUGAGCCUGAUGACCUUUCUGAGUACGUUCUUCAAGGAUUCAUUUGCUCUCGUGUCCAGACUUUCACCAAAACAAGAAUUAAACCUCUCAUCAGAGCUUGCAGACUUGGGCUGGUCGAAGAAAGGUGGUUCUCAAGGAGACACCGGUGAAAGUCCUCAAGAUUUUGACAACUAUCCAUCAGAUACGUUGCUGUAUUACAGCUACACCAACAUGCAACAGACCGACUGCAGAUCCUACUUCAUUGAAACAGGACGAGCAGACUUCUCCGCCCUGUCCAGCACUUGGAUGGAAGGUUGAUCUACUGAACAAUGCCAAAAAAGUGCCUGAACAUCAAAGGGACACAGCUCAGUCGAGAUAAUCUCGAGGUCCUGGGAAACAUGGCAUGUGCUCUGGAUGAGGACUACAUUCAGAGCGCUGACUCUUACAUCCUGGAGAAACUAAAGAACUGCAAUGACUUCUCUGAUCAGCAGAUUACAGCUAUGGAGACGGUUAUCUGCAGUGGCAACACCACCUAUGGAAACCCAGGCACAUGGACUGAAAAAAACUAGAGCAGCUUGACAUUCUUCCACUGUACUUGACAGAGAACUUCUGGAAACACAGCAGCAAGCGGAAUAAAAGCACGUUCCUGAAGAAAUUCAUGAAAAGACGACGUACAAACAAGACAAUGAAGAGGAAACUGAAGAAGCUGUUCAAAGAAUGCACCAUGUCUUUGAGAUCCAAACGAAGCACUGGCGUACCCCAAAG